AACCCUUUAAACAACCCUGUUGCCUGUUACCAAGCUAACUUUUUACUCUUAGCGCCAGAACUGAUUGUGGCGGGACAUCUUUCACUGAGAAAUAACUAAAAUGGAACAUAAUGGGUCAGCUUCAAAUGCAGAUAAAAUCCACCAGAAUCGCCUGUCGAGCGUUACAGAAGAUGAAGACCAAGACGCUGCUCUCACCAUUGUGACCGUGCUGGACAAAGUAGCCACCAUCGUGGACAGCGUGCAGGCAAGCCAGAAGAGACUAGAGGAGAGACACAGGGAAAUGGGAAAUGCCGUAAAGUCCGUCCAGAUUGACCUGUUGAAGCUCUCACAGUCACACAGCAAUACAGCCUACGUCAUUAACAAGUUGUUUGAGAAAACGCGAAAAAUCAGUGCUCACAUUAAAGACGUGAAGGCCCGGGUAGAGAGGCAGCAAAUUCACGUGAAAAAAGUUGAAUCCAAGCAAGAGGAAAUAAUGAAGAAAAACAAAUUUCGUGUGGUCAUAUUCCAGGAGGAGACUCGGUGUCCGACAUCCCUGUCUAUUGUUAAAGACAGAAGCCUAACUGAGAAUCAAGAGACCGAUGAUGAUGUCUUUGACCCUCCAAUAGAUCUGUCUUCAGAUGAAGAAUAUUAUGUCGAAGAAAGCAAAUCUGCCAGGCUUAGAAAGUCAGGCAGGGAGCGCAUUGAUAAUAUCAAAAAGGCAUUUUCCAAAGAAAACAUGCAGAAGACACGGCAGAAUCUUGACAAGAAAGUGAACAGAAUUAGAACAAGAAUAGUGACCCCAGAGAGGAGAGAAAGGCUAAGGCAGUCAGGAGAAAGGUUAAGGCAGUCGGGAGAGAGGCUGAAACAGUCAGGGGAAAGGUUUAAGAAAUCCAUUUCUAAUGCAGCUCCUUCAAGGGAAGCUUUUAAGAUGCGUAGCCUUCGGAAAGCUAAAGACCAAACUAUGGCCGAAGAUGCAGAGGAGGUCAGGGAGAUGGGUGUGGACAUCAUUGCCAGGAGCAAGUCUCUGGGCCCCAUCAGUGAGCUCUACACUGAUGAGCUCAGUGAAACAGACCACGAGGAGGCCAGGGCGGUGUAUCCUCCCAUAGAAGGAGGAGAGAUCCCCACCCCUGAGCCUUUAAAAGUUACUUUUAAACCCCAGGUGAGAGUGGAGAAUGAUGAAUCUCUUUUGCUAGAUUUAAAGCAAUAAUCACAAAGAGGAACUAAGCAUAAUAUAAAUCUCUUUAAUCACAAGCUUCUUGUUUAAAUAGUAUAGUCAUUUACAUUUAUAAAAUAGUAAUUUACAUUUGUUCAUAGGAAAACAUGAAUAUAC